ACGUCGCCGGAUGUGUUGCUCCAGCGGAACAGCUGUGGACAAAACACGACGUUUGUUUGAGUAGGGUGUCUGCACACCAAGUUCAGCUAAAGGAAUACGCACAACGUUGAAGAGAACACAAAAUAAAACGAAGGCUAGAAAUACCGUCUGUAUAUAAACCAAAAGGAUCUACCUACGCCGCGCAGACAGCAGCAGAAUGGGCCGCAUCUUCCUGGACCACAUCGGUGGCACGCGGCUUUUCUCCUGCGCCAGCUGUGACACCAUCCUGACCAACCGCACGGAGCUCAUCUCCACCCGCUUCACCGGCGCUACAGGAAGAGCCUUCCUCUUCAACAAGGUGGUGAACCUGCAGUACAGGGAGGUGCAGGACAGACUGAUGCUGACAGGCAGGCAUGUGGUGAGAGACAUCAGCUGUAAGAACUGCAACAGCAAGCUGGGCUGGAUCUACGAGUACGCUACGGAGGAUAGCCAGCGCUACAAGGAGGGCCGUGUGAUCCUGGAGCGGGCCCUGGUGAGGGAGAGCGAGGGCUUUGAGGAGCACGCACCCUCAGGGAUCUCUUUACAGCCCAGCACCCCCGACAACUGCUCUCUCCUGGGCUAGCAGCUCCACCAGCAAAGAAUCCUGUUGAGAAUCAUGUGCAUCUUCUCACUUAGUGUUAGUCUUAGAGGUGCCCACCCAGGCGGUCGUAUGGCAGACGUGCACAGCAGAUAAACCACACCAUCGGCUCGCAGUGGGUUGUGCAGAUCACUGGUCAGUCUGUGUAUGGAGGUGUGGUUGAAGAGCUUUGAGCUAAGCUUAGACAGAUGCUUUCUCACCUCACAAUGUCACAGUAUGCCAGCAGCCAACUAACGACUGCCAUUAGUUGAUGCAGUUGGUUGGUUUUGUUCCGAGCUAAAUGAUGGAAUUCCGAACGAGUAAUCAGUGUAUAUCCAAUUGAAUAUCUUUCACUUUACAUUUCAACAACUUAGCUUUUAUUUGGAUGUUUGUAUUCAGUUUGAAUUCAAUUCUGUGUUGUACGUGUUUGACCAUGCUUCUCCGUUUACACAGACUGUAGCUGGAUCAAGCUGCUGUCCUGUUCUAGAUCGGACUGGACUCCAUAUUCUAUUUACCGUUGAAACCAGGCUUUUUUUUAUUUUUUAUCUUUUAUUAUUGAACCUGUCCAGGUACCCAUUUGAAUUUCUUUGACAUCACUUUGAGACUUUAAUAAAGUGACAAAUCUAAAUCAACAUGAAUCAGUCUCAUAUAUCCUUCAACUCUGUAGGAAGGAAGUCUUGAUGUUUUGAGUUUUAAUGAUCAAAAGAAGAGGAAACUGUUCACAUCCUCUAAUCCACUUUAUUCUUCCUCAGCGAAAAUGAAACUUAAUAAAAUAAGAGAAAAUGGAACAGAAUUAUGUAAUUUUUAUACAUUUAACUAAGUAUGCAGCUCUAUGCUAGUGUGUAAGUAAAUCAAAACAAUAUAUGGUUAAAUAAAAUUUCUUUUAAGAUACAGAAAGAUACUCAUUGUUUCCCCAUUUCUCAUAAGCACUCAAGAGAACAGGUCUUAAACUACCAGCCACGUCAUCUCCUCACUGCUGCUCAGUUCAUCCUGCGAUCUCCUCUCUCAGGAUUGAGGUGGUUGGUGAGCCAGAAACAGAAGAGAGAGAGUGACUGAGGAUCAACAAAGCUGCGUGACUUGCAGGGAGGAAGAAGAGAGGCUGAAACAGAAAUGAUUGGAGCACAAACUCCCAAGAGAGAUUGUGUACAUGGGUAAAGUAAGAAAAGAGAGGGAGGGCUAUUACAAGAAGAAGACAGAAACCACUCAUUCAAAGGGAAUGCAGAGAUGGAAAAGGGCUCUGCUCCGGGGGUUCUGUGUGACCCGAGUCCAUUUGUUCAGUGUCUGAUCCAGCUGAACACGGGAGGGGAGGGGUGCAUCAUCUUUCAGGGCUCGGCGGUCCGCAAGUUUAACAAAGCUGACGACAGUUCAUA